AUGAGCCAGCAGGAGAGGGAGACAGAGGAGGAUGAGGGAGGGGGUGGUUCUGACAUGACACCCAUGCUUCCCCGGAGGCUCUCUGACCACCAGACAUCCCCAGGGUGGGCAGGUCUGGCCACAAGGGGACUGGGGACCCUAUUGCUGCCCAGUCGGACACUGGCUGGACUCCUGCUCCACCUGCUGCUGCCUGCGAUGGUCUUCCUGCUGAUGCUGUUACCUGCAGCUGCCAUUGUCUACCUGGGUUUCCUGUGCCACUCCAGGGUCCACCCGGCGCCCCGCCCCCCGUGCCGUGCUAUGCUCUCGGACCGCGGCUCCGCGACGCUCAUCGUGUUCGGCUUUCUCUCACUGCCGCCGCUGCUCGUGCUCGCCUCGGCUGCUCAAGCCCGUCUGGCCCGACGCCUCCAUCCGCUGCUGCAGCCCCCAUCCUGGACCCAUGGGCCCCACCACCACCCGGAGUCCAGGAGCGGGGAACUGAUGGACCAUGGCCUGGACGAGGCGGGGCAGUUUUGUUACUGA